AUGUCCACCCCUAGUAGAUUCAAAAAGGACAAAGAGAUCAUAGCCGAGUAUGAAAGUCAAGUCAAAGAAAUUCGAGCUCAAUUGGUAGAGCAACAGAAAUGCCUGGAACAGCAAACAGAGAUGCGAGUUCAGCUUCUCCAGGACCUACAAGAUUUCUUCCGGAAAAAAGCUGAAAUUGAGACGGAAUAUUCUCGGAACCUAGAGAAGUUAGCAGAAAGGUUCAUGGCAAAGACAAGAAGCACUAAGGAUCAUCAACAGUACAAGAAAGAGUUCAACUACUUGCUCCCUCUGGGUUGCUGGCACCUCUGGAUGGACCAAAGUUGUCAACCUUCCAGAUAGCAUCCAAGCAUUAGUCGAAUCUUCAUCAACAAUGUUUCAGGGCUAUUCAUCAAGUUUUCCAGUAAUAUAUCAGGUAGUCUGUUUCAGAAGAGCAAAGAGAUUGCAUUUCAACUUCAUGAGGAUUUAAUGAAGGUUCUUAAUGAGCUUUAUACGGUGAUGAAAACAUACCAUAUGUAUCAUGCAGAGAGCAUCAGUGCAGAAAGCAAGCUGAAAGAGGCUGAGAAACAAGAAGAAAAGCAAAUUGGAAGGUCUGGUGACCCAGUCUUUCAUAUUAGACUGGAAGAGAGACAUCAGCGGCGAAGCUCCGUAAAGAAAAUUGAAAAAAUGAAAGAAAAGAGACAAGCAAAGUAUUCUGAAAAUAAGCUAAAGUCAAUUAAGGCAAGGAAUGAAUAUCUCCUAACGCUUGAAGCAACAAAUGCCUCAGUUUUCAAGUAUUAUAUUCAUGAUCUCUCAGAUUUAAUUGAUUGUUGUGAUCUUGGCUAUCAUGCAAGUCUGAACAGAGCCUUAAGAACAUAUCUCUCUGCGGAGUAUAACCUUGAAACUUCUAGACAUGAAGGCUUAGACAUUAUUGAGAAUGCAGUGGACAACUUAGAACCCCGGAGUGAUAAGCAGAGAUUCAUGGAGAUGUACCCUGCUGCAUUUUGCCCACCAAUGAAGUUUGAGUUUCAGUCACACAUGGGUGAUGAGGUCUGUCAGGUCAGCGCUCAGCAGCCCGUCCAGGCGGAGCUCAUGCUCAGGUACCAGCAGCUGCAGUCACGACUGGCCACACUCAAAAUCGAGAACGAAGAGGUUAAAAAAACAACUGAAGCAACUUUGCAGACGAUUCAAGAUAUGGUCACCAUCGAGGACUAUGAUGUUUCUGAAUGCUUCCAGCAUAGUCGCUCCACUGAGUCCGUGAAGUCUACUGUCUCUGAAACCUACCUGAGUAAGCCCAGCAUCGCCAAGAGAAGAGCUAACCAGCAGGAAACCGAGCAGUUUUACUUCAUGAAACUCAGAGAAUAUUUGGAAGGCAGUAAUCUCAUCACAAAACUUCAAGCCAAACAUGACUUGCUGCAGAGGACUCUUGGAGAAGGUCAUAGAGCUGAAUAUAUGACUACAAGGCCUCCAAAUGUUCCCCCUAAGCCCCAGAAACACAGGAAGUCCAGACCCCGCUCACAGUAUAAUGCUAAGUUGUUUAAUGGGGAUUUGGAAACAUUCGUCAAGGACUCAGGGCAGGUUAUCCCCCUCAUUGUGGAAAGCUGUAUCCGGUUCAUCAAUCUCUAUGGUCUUCAGCAUCAGGGGAUUUUCAGAGUGUCUGGUUCCCAGGUGGAAGUCAAUGAUAUUAAAAAUUCCUUUGAGAGAGGUGAAAACCCUUUGGCUGAUGACCAGAGUAACCACGAUAUUAAUUCGGUUGCCGGCGUUCUGAAGCUCUAUUUCCGUGGGCUGGAAAACCCCCUCUUUCCUAAGGAAAGAUUUAAUGAUCUGAUUUCUUGUAUCAGAAUAGAUAAUCUCUAUGAGAGGGCACUUCACAUCCGUAAACUUCUUCUGACCCUGCCCAGGUCCGUCCUUAUAGUGAUGAGGUACCUCUUUGCCUUCCUCAACCAUCUUUCACAGUACAGUGAUGAGAACAUGAUGGACCCUUAUAACCUGGCCAUCUGCUUUGGCCCAACAUUGAUGCCUGUCCCAGAAAUACAGGAUCAGGUUUCUUGCCAGGCUCAUGUGAAUGAAAUUGUCAAAACCAUCAUUAUCCACCACGAGACUAUUUUCCCAGAUGCUAAAGAGCUGGAUGGUCCUAUUUAUGAGAAAUGCAUGGCUGGAGAUGACUACUGUGACAGCCCAUACAGUGAGCAUGGCACCCUGGAGGAAGUGGAUCAGGAUGCUGGCACAGAGCCCCACACCAGUGAAGAUGAAUGUGAACCAAUAGAAGCAAUAGCCAAGUUUGACUAUGUUGGCCGGUCUGCCAGAGAACUGUCUUUCAAGAAGGGUGCCUCCCUGCUAUUGUAUCACCGUGCAUCUGAGGACUGGUGGGAAGGCAGACACAAUGGGAUUGAUGGGCUUGUGCCUCACCAGUACAUAGUGGUGCAAGAUAUGGAUGAUACGUUUUCAGACACUCUGAGCCAAAAAGCAGACAGUGAGGCCAGCAGUGGGCCAGUCACUGAAGACAAGUCUUCAUCCAAGGACAUGAACUCCCCAACAGACCGUCAUCCUGAUGGCUAUUUAGCCAGACAAAGAAAAAGAGGAGAACCACCCCCUCCGGUAAGGCGUCCUGGCAGGACCAGUGAUGGCCAUUGCCCCCUCCACCCCCCACAUGCUCUUUCUAACUCCUCAGUUGACCUGGGGUCCCCAAGCCUGGGCAGUCACCCCCGGGGCUUGCUGCAGAACCGUGGCCUCAACAAUGACAGUCCUGAGAGGAGGCGCCGGCCUGGCCAUGGCAGCCUGACCAACAUCAGUCGGCAUGACUCCCUCAAGAAGAUUGACAGCCCUCCUAUUAGAAGAUCCACAUCAUCAGGGCAAUACACAGGCUUCAAUGACCACAAGCCACUGGACCCAGAGACAAUUGCUCAGGAUAUUGAAGAUACAAUGAACACUGCCUUGAAUGAACUCCGAGAACUGGAGAGACAGAGUACAGCAAAGCAUGCCCCUGAUGUGGUGCUGGAUACCUUGGAGCAAGUGAAAAACUCUCCCACCCCUGCUUCUUCCACAGAAUCUCUCAGCCCUUUGCACAACGUUGCCCUCAGGAGCUCUGAGCCUCAGAUUCGACGCAGCACUAGCUCCUCCAGUGACACAAUGAGUACUUUUAAGCCAAUGGUGGCACCCAGAAUGGGUGUUCAGCUGAAGCCCCCGGCCCUCAGGCCAAAACCCGCCAUUCUUCCAAAAACAAACCCAACCAUAGGACCUGUCCCACCUUCCCAGGGUCCAACAGACAAGUCUUGCACAAUGUAA